GCCACCGAUUCAUUAAAAGUGAAAGCAGAAGGAGUUAGAAAGCGUUUCACGCACGGAGAAUCAUGCCUCGAGGAAGAUCGCUCUCGGCGAAGAGUAAAGGCUCCAAGAGAAGUGCCUUGCCUCCCCCACCACCGCCGGUGAUUUUGCGCGUGAACACCGUAAAGGAACUCGAGCGAGAAGUCCUUACUCAUGCUGGUGCAGCCCUGGUGGUGGUCGUCAGUCCACUGACACCGUCCACCACAGACGCGAUGAUUGCGGCACUGGAGCAGCUCAACAGCAGCCGCCCUCAACUCCUAGCAGAGAUGCACUUCGUCGUCGUCUACGCGCUGCAGGCGACGAAGGAAGUGUGUGAAGCGCUGGCCGUGUCUUCGCUACCAUUUGUGCGCUGUUACGCCUACGGCGACGUGGUGAGCGAGUUCUCCGGCGACAACACGGAGAAGAUGGCGCUGCUAGCAAAGCUGGCCGCAACGGCAGCUGCACAGAAGGCGGCGCUGCUGGCGGAGAAGGAAAAGCAGCGUCACGCUGAGGCUGAGGCUGCUGCCGCUGCGGCGAUGGAUGGAGCGGCGCCGGUUGCUACUGGGGUAUGA